CAAUCCCACAGACCAAAUAGUAUCUACUAUCUAUCUACAGCUACAAUUAUUAGAAACCGGGAGUUGCUAAGGAAGACGCUAUUUAGGGAAAAAUAAAUAAAAAAGUAAAGUUUAGUGCUAUGUAAACUUGUACUAUAAAAUAAAGCUAACUUUGAUUUAUGAAUAUUAGCGUUAUAUAUUCAAAAUAAGCACAGUUUUUCAUCUUUUCAUUCAAAAACCGCGAAGUUAAUAGCAACACGAUUUGCUUGUUUCUGAUCACGUGUAUGCUGAAUUUAUUCAACUGAUUAUUAAGUUUAAAAGUGUAGAGAAAAACUGAUUUAUAUGGGAACAUAAUUGUUUUGGACUUUGGAAUGCUGCCGUCUAAAAUGCAAGUUAACAAAAAACUAUUACCUAUAAAAGGACAUUAUUUUUUUUUCAAUGCUGGCACAGCACCGCUUGUCCCAUAUUUGACAACAUACGCACGGCAAUUGGGAUUUUCUUCUACAACAGUAGGCUUAAUCUAUACUGUAUUACCAAUAUGUGGAUUGAUUGCGAAACCAUUGUUCGGUGUUAUUGCGGAUAGAUUUAAACUGCAGAAAUCAAUAUUUAUAUUGUUUCAAUUCGUGACUAUAAUAAGCUUCUCAGCAAUAUACUUUGUGCCACACAAUCGGCCCAAAAUAAAUGUAGAACUCAAUUGUGGUCCGGCUGGUACAGUUUUAACAAGCUGCUACAAAGAUUCACCGUCGUUGGACUGUAAAAUUCAAGCAACGGGCGACUUAAAUGUCACAUCAACCUGCAAGAUGGAGUGUAACAUGGGAAACCCGAGGAUGUGGGAAACAGUGUGCGAAUACUGGCAUCUACCUCAGUACUGUUAUUCGAACACUGAUCGGAUACGAUAUACGUCCCACGUAACAAAUGUCACAUUAAAGGAUGAUUGCGCAUAUUUUUCAGCCAAUAGUGUCAUUCUGGACGGCUUGAAGUUCACGCCGCGAUGUCGGAUAGGACAGAACUACGUCGACGUAAACGAGCCGUGUUCGUUAAAUUGCACAAAUGAAAAUCUUUCAUCGGUGAUCGGGAGGGAAAAAGCGAACAUGACUUGUGUGGAUCGACAUUUGAACUAUCGUCUGUGUACGAACUCUAGCCUCGCGGAUUUGACUAAACAAAACAUAGAAAGUGACUGUCAGGCAGAUUGUGUUCUGGAUAAAAAAACUCCUUGGCGUUUAAUGGAAAUUUGCGAGGGAUGGCAUGCUGACGUCACCGAAACGUGCUACCCAAAGACGAGUAAUGACGAACCGUUUCCAUCUAAAUUAUCAUUCACGGCCACGUUGAAGUUGUCGUCAAUGAUAUCGGUGGAGAAUUGUGUUUACAUCAAACUAAAGAACAUCAUAAUGGACAAUGGUACCAUACAUUAUCCUUAUUGUGAAAUGAAAACUGAUUAUCAAAACACUUCACAGUUGUUCGAGUCCAAUUGCGAAAUGAACUGCGAUAACACUAUGGUAAAUGAGAUAUUCGAAGAAUCUCAAGAGAGUACUGAAGUGGAGGAGAGCUCACAGUUCACAAGUCAGUUUUGGAUGUUUUUCAUGUUUAUGAUCAUUAGUUGGGUGGGACAGGCCGUCGUUGUGACUUUCGCUGAUGCUAUUUGUUUCAAUUUACUUGGUACCGAAGUCGCCCAAUACGGAAAACAGAGGCUAUGGGGCUCGGUAGGUUGGGGUAUAUUCUCGUUCCUAACUGGUUUUCUCAUCGACACAUUCAGCGACGGCGCGUACAAGGAUUACACGGUGGCGUUCGUGCUGAUGUUUGUAUUUAUGAUGGGAGACGUCAUCGUUUCAUGUUUUUUGAAGACCGACUCGACAAAGAUGUCGUUGAACAUCUUGGGUGACGUCGGAACCCUUCUGACCUCGCUACCCACUUUCGUAUUCAUGAUGUGGACGGUGGCGGUGGGAUUGUGCACGGGAUUGUUGUGGAACUUUCUGUUUUGGCUCCUCGAAGACGUUUCGCGUUUAUCUUGCGACAGUGUUAUGUACAUAAAAACACUGCAGGGCUUGGUAAGCGCGAUCCAAACGUUCUUCGGCGAGAUACCUUUCUUGUUCGUGUCAGGUUAUAUCUUGAAGAAAGUCGGACACGUGAAGAUGAUGAGUCUGGUCUUGUUCGCCUUCGGUGUUAGAUUCAUACUAUACUCGUUUCUAACGAACGCCUGGUGGAUCCUACCAAUAGAGAUGCUUCAGGGUAUCACUUUUGGGAUGUUCUACCCGACCAUGACGUCAUAUGCUAGUAUAGUAUCACCACCGGGCACAGAAACUACCAUACAGGGCCUCGUCGGUGCCGUUUUCGAGGGCGUUGGCGCUUCUCUUGGUAGUUUCAUAGGCGGACAAUUGUACCAUCACUAUCAGGGCUGGAUCACGUUCCGUAUAUACGGAAUAGGUUCGCUUGUCUGUUGCGCGCUGCACUUGACCGUGCAGUACGUGUUCAAAGACAAAAUUCAACGUGUCGGACUUUCUCAAGGUUACGUAUCGGUGUUUCGGAACGAACAACAAAACGACAUGGUAUUUAUGCUCCAAGACAUGGGAGACAGGAAUUCGUAAUUUAUUUUGAUAAUAAAUCAAUAUCAAAGCAGCUAGCCACAUGAGAGUAGAGAACCGUGGGAAUAUCACAUCGAUUUCGGCAUAUAUCAUUGUCCGUCCAUUGUUACUACAAUGCAUACAGUAGUGAUACUAUGAACUGAAUGUACAAUCAAUAGGUAACUCAAUACAUGAAAAACCCUUAGUAUGUACAAGUCUAUUUAAGUCCAGUUUCUUUUGCGUUAUUGAAUGCAAUAGAAAAAAAUAAUCUCAUACUAGAAAUAAAAUUAAGAAUAAUUAGUGGUCCUCUGGGAGGUAGUCGAAAUUCGACUAUAAUUAAUUGAAAUUAUUUUGUAUACUAUUAUGAUUGUAUUGUCAAAGACUUUAAUACUUCUAUAAUCACAGAUUUCGCCAAGACACCACUUUAUACAAAUAUUAAUAAAAUCAAACAAUAUUAAAUCUAUUCUCAAUUUAACCACAUACCUACUAUAAGCAAUAAGGAGUUUGACAAUAAAAAAAUAUUAUGCAUGCGUGUGUGUGUCAAAUACAUGGUAGUGUGUGUAAUGUUUUUAUUAUUAUUAAUUUAAUGUAUUUAUUAUGCAUAAUUUAAAAAAAUAUUAACAUUCUGCACUCCUUCUGAACGGCCGUCUGGUGUAGUGGUAAGUGACAUGGUCACUACACAAGGGGGUCGCGGGUUCGAAUCCCGCCAAGGGAAGAUAUUUGUAUGAUAAAUAUAAAUGUCUUUUCCAGGGUUAUGGAUGUAUAUUAAAUAUAUGUAUGUGUAUAAUAAAAAUCUUACAUUUAUUUCCGUUAUCUGGUACCUGUAACACAAGUUCUUUACGAACUUAUCACGGGACCAGUUAACGUGGCGUGAUUGUUAGUAAAUAUUUAUAUUUAUUUAUUUAUUUAUUUAUUCUUUAUAUUCCCUAUAAUUGUCCGAAAUACUCCUCCGUCCGCGCAAUUUUGGUAAAAAUGGGUACAAAGUUUUUGCUUCACAUAUUAAUAAUAGAUUAAGCGCUUAAGCUUCCAAAUAAACAAAGGUUGUGAUAUCAAAAACAAAAUGAGUGUAUUUAGUUCAGGCCCGUCAAACGAUAUUAAGACUAUGAAUUGGAUAUUCAAUCGACUGGAGACUGGGUAUCGGAACCACACUACGUAUACGAUUUUUAACAUAUAUCGAAACAUAUCAAUAUGUACAUACGUAUAAUUAUAAUAGUAUAUAAUAUAGUAGAAUUUAUUGAACUGCGUGAAACGGACAAGUUGGAUUUGAGUCGUCUAACUUAUUUAUAUAUCGAAGUUUUAGAUUAUUAAUUAUAUUUGCAUCCAUUGGUUCUAGAAUUUCUAGAAAGAGAUCUGAUUGUUUCGCUUUGGUUUCCUGGAAAUACAUUUCCUAUCACAGACAUGUAGAUGAUAUUGUUUCGUACAUGUCGGGCUAUCAGAAACCAGUGAUAAUAAAAACGGAACUAAUCUGAUUGUUUCCUUCGAUAAAAAUUGCAUAAAACUUGAAUUGAGUUGAUUAAGUUUUUCCCUGAGCAAGAACUCGUAAAACGAAAACAUAAAAAUCGAUUUUCCACAAUAAAAUAGUUACUAUCUUGUGAUGUUACAAAUAUUUUCAGUAGGUUAUAAGUAUUAUCUUUAGUAGUUUAUGUUUAAACGUAAGGUUAGCACUAAAAAAUUUCAUUUUUUUUUUAAGUAAUUAUUUAUUUAUUAUCAAACAACACACAUACAUAUAAUAUGUAGAUACACUAGAGCCGUAUUAAAUUAAAAUUUGAAUUAUUCUUGUUCAAUAAAAUAUUUUGUAAAAAAAAUUCGGCAUUAAAGAUAGAGUCCGAGCUAGCAAAUCUUCCCCACACGGCAGAGUCCUUGAGUACGUCCAUCCUCCUGGGCAAAGCCUGAAAGGUCUUCGGACAAAUAUGUAGUUACCUUUGAAUCCCUCCAAAAAAAAUUAGUCGGCGCUACUUCUUCCAUACGAAUUCGUGUAAGCUGUAAAGCUUGUAUGAAUGUUGCUUAGGGCAUCGACCUCAAGAUUAAUAAAUAAAUUAUAACAAAAUAGAAUUAUUAUUAAAUUUUUCCUAAAAUUGGUCGUUUAUCUGCCAUAGGCACAUUUGAAAGGUAGGAACCAUGAAUAUCUUCCAUAGAUGUGGUAGACUGUAUUUUCAAUUUGUUUAAAUUGUAUUUAAUGAAUACAUAUUAUCAAAUCAUAAUUGAUAAAUUUGGUCUAAGUCGUAGCACUUUGAGCAAUAUGGUAACAAAUUGCGUAAUGCUCGCGUGAAAGCGCAGGUACUUGGGUAAUUGUUUUCUUAGACACAACACACAUUUAAACUCUAUUACCAAUCAUUACCAAUGCAUUAAAAUUUAUUAAGCAAUUCAAAAAUGAGUAUUAUUAGUAGGUAUAACUUUCACAAAAGCAAACUUUAUAACAAAAAAUGUGUUUUCUUUUCGUUUAUAUGCAUAAUUAACCGAAAAUUAUAAGAUAAACUUUAGGACAAAGAACGAAUUCUUUUGUAGAAUCGUGUUAAGUAUGUAUGUACGUGUCUAAUGCAGAAAAAAAGUACAAUUUGACUUUCAGAAGUCAGACCCAUAACUAGUUUCAACCGUCGUAAUAGGUUAAUAAAGUCUAAGUUUGUUUAAAAACGUUAAUAAUAUUUAUAGUUUAAAAUAUGUAUUUCUACUAAGAAGCAGUUUCGUCAUGUUUUAUCAUGUUUUCGUUAUGCUAGCGUUGUGUGAUGUCAUUAAGCGUAAACGCUACUAAACGUAAAACAUUAAUACCAAUUUUACAUAGUGCUGCUCUAACAUAACUAGGUCCGCACAUUCGGAUCACCCAGAUCCACUCUCGGUGCUUUUAGGUUCUUCAAGCACCGGUCACCGUCCUCGUCGACUCCGACGUGCGAACUAGCCCAUAGACACAACCCACUGAGUUUCUCGCCGGAUCUUCUCAGUAGGUCACGAUUCCGAUCCAGUAAUAGAUUCAGCGAAGCACUGCUCUUGCUAGGGCAAGUGUUAGCAAUUCUGUCAGGUUGAGCCCAUAAGCUCACCUACCGGUCCGCGCGAAAUUGGAAUAGAAAGAAAGAGUCUGCACAAUUAUGCCAUACACGACAACAAGCAUAAUUAUGCGAUUAAUAGCACGCUACGUUUUUUUUUUUUAAUUCAAUAAGCUAAAAGUUGAUGAUCGAAAUGUGAAAUUUAAAGAAAUUAAGAAUUGAUUUAUUUUUUACACGUGCUCCAUUGUGUAUAUUUUUAUCAUUGUACCCGAUGUAACGACGUAUAACAUUAAUUUGGCGAAAUUUAUCGAAUAACAUUAUUGAAUAAAGUUAAAAUUGA